AUGAUGCGUUUUUCUGCGAUGGCGCGCUGCGCUUCGGCCGGCGGCAGCCUCAGCGCCCGCUUAGCGGAGUUGGCGCAGCGCGUCGAGGGGUACCUCGCGUCUCGCAGCACGGCGGCCACGGCCCACGACGAUGGCCUCUGGGAGCAGGUGUUGUCUACCGCUCACUGCGCUCGGUCCCUUAAGGAGACGGACACGGCGUUGGCCAUCGUGUUUCGCCUUUUGCGCUGCGGCUGUCGCCCGUCAUGCGGCGCUGUGUGGCCGGGGCUCAUUCGUGACCUAGCUCCGUACAGCGACAUUGAGGCCAACGCUGUCCUCUCCUACCCUGGUGUGCCGGAAGGGUCUGAUGGCGGGAGCGAGGCCGCCCCCGCGCAGCCUGCUAGAGAGCCCAGGGAGAUGCCUGCUGUGGGAUCUGAGUUGGAUAUGGCAGACAUCCCUCCACUGCUGCGUCCCACACGUGCGACUUUGUUGAUGACGGGUGGCGUUGUGCCGCUAAGCGCGCGGGUGCCUUGCAGUGACGGUGGGGCACUUAGCGCUUUACUCGAGGCGUUUUGUAGCGCGUAUGACGCAUCGGACGGCAGUGGCGACGGUGACAAUGCGCCGACUGUCGCGCAUUUACAGGAGGUGUCAGCUGCUGUUGUGUCUGCACUGCAGCCGAUCACCGCGACGCUUCUCUUGACAGAGUUGAGUCCACUGGCGAGGGCGCUCGUGCGUUUUUUUCGGCUUCUUUUUGAAUUCUCCACGCGGCAGUCAGUGAAAGAGCCGCACCUCGCGGAGCAAUUCGCGAAGAAGCUGACAAAACUGCUGCCGGAUAACGCGCUGGGGGCGCGAAUAGUGCUACUUUUUCUCGCCGAGCGACACGCGGAGUUUGGCGACGAAAUGAUGCACCUGCCGCUAGUACGCCUCGCCGCGAGAGGGGUUUGGCGUCACUAUGAGAAGCAUGAAAGUUUUUCGUGUCUGCGACACCUGCGGCAGGUGAACGAGGCGGUGGAUGUCACGCUGCAGCGGAAUGCGAACGGUGGAAACCCGCUUGCGGUGGAUGAGGCAGACGAGGCGGCACUUCGAUUGUUGUUGUCCCUUGCGUUGCUCCGAGCCAUGCGUGUGGAGGCCAUAUCCCCUGACGUUUUUUUAGGCGAUGCCGUUGACAUUGUGGAUCGCACUCCCAUGACACUUUCUAUAGAGUACGAGCUGAUUGUAGCCAAGGUGCAGCUGCUGGACUUAUUCCUCGACGACGCGGCAAGCUCAGGUGCUAUCUAUGACGAUUUGCUGCAGUCGUUGCGUGCCCUUGUGGAGCUUCGCCCGCGAGAGAAUGUCGACGGCGACACAUCUGCCACCACGGACGUGACGACGCAAGAAAUGAAAGGGGAGGAAGAGGAGGAAGAAGAAGCGAGGACGUUGGCACGGCAACACUUUCAGGAGGCGCAUCGUCUUGUGCUGACGGCCUUCGCCCGCUCCCAGGUGGAGGAGCGCCUGAACCAGGCCUACUCCAUCCUGGUGACCCACAAGUACCAUGGCCUGAUAAUCGCCAAGGACGCGGUUAAUCCGCUCUUGGACGCCCUUAGCCGCCGUGGAGAUUGUCGAGUUUUCAACAUCGUCGAUCUAUGUGUCUUGUAUAGCGGCAGCCACAUUGACUACGACACUCUCACCUACCUUUUUAGGGCUUGCCGUGUGGCCGGUGACUUCUACCGCGCCCGCACUCUGUAUCAGCUACUGCGAGAGAUGAUACCAGGGUUUCUACUGCGGGCACCGGAGGCCAUCAAAGACGCUUUGCAGGAGCUGAAGAUACUGCAACCGGAGCCGGCCCAUUUGUUUCCCGCAUCUCUUGCGGUAGAUGGGGACGAGGCGGCUGCGGCUGUGUCGUAUGAAGGUGUCCUGGCUGACGAGGCAUUGGCCACACGCCAACGAGGGCCUAUUCGAGAAUUGCCAACAAGGCGCACCGAGGCACCUUCUUGA